GGAUCCUCGUACCUACGGCCGCACCCGGCCUGCGUGCUGGGCGUCUUUUUCGUCGCCAAGAAGGCCGACAAGGUCAGGCUGAUCGUCGACUGCCGGCGAGCCAACCAGCUGUUCGAGAAGCCUCCCGGGGUCGCCCUCCUGAGCGGCGAGGGGCUGUCCAGGGUGGAGAUCGACGACCCCGAGAACCUCCUGGAGGGCCUGCCGGUCCACCUCGGCGUCGGGGACGUCGCGGACCUCUUCCACAGGACGAGGUUGGUGAAGACGGCGGGGGGCGACAUUCGGCGUUACUUCUGCUGGCCGCCCCUCGCGUCCAAGUACGCUGGCAUCUCCGAGGUCGACGGCGCGGCUGUAAGGCCGGGCGAGAAGAUCUGGCCCAUGUGCGCGAGCCUCCCGAUGGGUCUCUCGUGGUCGCUGCAUUUUGCCCAGACCGCGAACGCCCAGCGCCUGGGUCGCCAGCCCGCGCUGCGGCAGAGCCAGGAGAUCUCGGACCGGGGGCCCCCCCUGGUCCUCGGCGGGCCGUCGGCCUCGGCAGGAUCAGGCCACUACAUGUGCGUCGACAGCGCUGGCGUGCUCUCCUUUGACGGCGACCUGGUGGGCCGCGCUCUGGCAGAGGAGGCCCAGAGGGACUUCGACGCCGACGCGCUGCGCUUCCACGAGAUGGAGGUCUUCGACCACGGCGGGCCCUCCCUGGGCUGGCAUCUUGACGGCGACGCCCGAGUCGCCCGGCCCAGCGACAAGCGCUUUGUUCUGGUGCGCCGCGGCGUCCGGGCGCUGCUUCGGCCGAGGAAGGUCUCUGGCUGGCAGGUCGAGGCCGUCCUCGGACACGUCGCUUUCCUGUGUCUGAUGCGUCGGGAGCUCCUCUCGAUCUUCCACGCGGUGUAUCGUUUCGUUCGGGGGUCCUGCGCGAAGUCCCAGCGGCUGUGGGACUCGGCUCGGGAGGAGCUCAGAGCUUUCCUCGGGGCCAUGAUCUUCGUCGAGUCCCUCUGGUCGCUUCGUGGCGUGGCCAAGGUCGGGCGCGUGCCGGAGCUCAGUCGCCACCGCCUGGGCGGCACCCGGGCCCGCGAGCACGCCGUCGAGGUCGCCGGCUUCAAGGUGGGCCCUGAGAGCGGCGACGUGGAGCGCGACUUCCUCGGCCAGCCCGCGCGGCUCGACAGAGAGGCGAGGGAGAUCCUGGAGGCGGCGCGGCGGGGGCACAAUGAGGAUUUUGCUGAGGUGCCCAGCCGCCUCCUUGCCGGCGACCGCUGGCACGCGAUUCUCGCUGAUCGUUGGCUGCGUGCCGACGACAUUUUGCUCCUCGAGGCCAGGGCGGCGGUCAAGGCGACCCGCGUGCGCGCCUUGGCCCUGGAGCGGGGUCUGGCCAGCAGCCUGGCGUUGUGCAGCCGUACUCUGGAGCAGGGCAGGCCCGAACGUCGCGCGGGCUUCGCCCGAGCGCAGACGACGGAGGCUUUCCUGGGCCAGGUGGCGGACGAGAUCCCCGGCAGGUUGGCCAGGGCGCCAGGCCCGGCCGACCCAGGCGUCCCCGCGGACAUCGAGGGAGAGGACGGCAGCGAGAGCGACGACUCCUCGGACCCCGAGGAGAGGGCGGCGACAGCGGCCCGCCAGAGGGCUUUGCGGCGGCGCGGGAAGAACCACGUGCGCCAGUGCUUCAGCGCCCUGAUGGGCGCGGCUCGGUCCGUGACCGAGGCAGCUGCUACCCAGUGCCGCCAGCGCGCCCUCGCCUUCUUGAGCUGGGGCCCCUUCUCAGAGGCGGUGCUGGAGGCGCCCGCGCGCCUGAACGUCGCCCUGGCCGACUUCAUGAACCGCGAGUUCGAGCAGGGUCACAAGGGCUGGAGGGGAGAGAAGCCCCUGGCGGGCAUCAUCUUCCAUUCACCGCGCUACGGGAAGAACGGCUACGACAAGCUGCCGCGCACCCUGCGCGCGCUGAAGGGAUGGCGCAGAGCGUCGCCAUCUCGCUCGAGGAGGCCCUUGACAGUGGGCAUGUGGGUGUCCAUUGUGGUGGAGAUCGCGAGGCUGGGUUUCCUGAUGGCCGCAGUGCUAACCUUGAUCAUGGUGGAGGGGUACCUGCGCCCCGGGGAGAUGCUGGGCCUGACGCCGGCAUCGUUCCUGCCACCCGCCCCUGGCGGGGUGGCCACGUGGGCCCUCCUGCUCUUCCCGCAGGAGGGCAACCUGCGGUCCAAGACCGGCGAGAGCGACGACAGCAUCCCCCUGGACUCGAGGAGAUUCGGCUAG